AUGUCAGUGACGCAGCGGCCGCUGCCUCAGCCGGCCGGCCAUGUCGUGGCCUCGCCCAGUGCGCAUGACCUAUUUCCGUAUGGCCUGUCGUCUCCGAUACGGCAUGGCAUGCCUGCGACGCCGCCUCGAUUCGAGACGCCACCGCCCACGGUGCCGCCCAAGCCGCUUUCGCCACAUACGUCGCCGUUCAAGACCCCACGGAAGCGGCCGCUACCGACGUCGCCCACGCGGCCCCUGCCGCGUCCAGGGGCGCGGCCGCUUCCUACGAUUCCUCUAGAUACCCCGCACAGGACCACGUCGCCGCUGCCGCCACCGCCGAGCAUGUCGCCUGCCGCGCCGAGCUCUCCUUCGAAGGCCGGGCUACCAGCUCGCGUGCCUUCCCCGCGCGGACCGCAGCCCGUACCUCGUGAGGCCGCGCCUGUGCCAGUCCCGCUGCUGAUGGUCGAUGGCGAGGUCAUGACGGACGACAUGAUGGAUCCGACGUCGUCUUCGGCGCCCAGUGUCGCCACCAGUGAUGGGGCGGUCGUGGCGCAGCAUGCCUCGAGCUCCUCGGCCGCUGAGCGAGAUGCGGCGAUGCCGCCCGUGCCGCCCGUGUCUCAGGGCGUUCAUGCCAUGUGCCACCGGUGCGGCCGCUGGAUCGGCGGGUACAUGGUGCAUGCGAUGGGCAAGGCAUGGCAUGCGCGGUGCUUUACGUGUGCGCACUGUGCGACGCCUCUGGAGCAUGUAUCGUUCUAUGAGCACGAGGGCGAGCCAUACUGCCACCUUGACUUUCACGAGCUGUUUUCGCGGCGGUGCUUCUACUGCCAGACGCCGAUUGUGGACGAGCGGUUCGUCACGGUCGAUGCCUUUGGCGAGCCACGGACGUACCACGAGGCGCACUUUUUCUGCGCGAACUGCGGCGAUCCGUUCGUCGAGCAAAAGGACGGCAACACGAGCGUGACGGAGCACAGUCGUCCGUUCUAUGUGCAUGGCCGACAUGCGUACUGCGAGGCGUGUCAUCGGCCGCGGUGCCAGGCGUGCAAGAAGGUCGUGGGCGACGAGCACAUACAGGCGCUGCGCGCCGUAUGGCAUCCCGAGUGCUUCGUGUGCACGCGGUGUGGUCGGCCCUGCCAGGGCGCGACGUUCGUCGCGCCGGACGGAUCGCCGUGUGACUUUGACUGCUACCAGGCGUGGAUCCGAGGCACGGCGAAGCGAUCGACUACCUUUUUAUCCUAG